AUGGGCACCUGUGGGACAGCAGAGCUGUGUCCCUUCCCAGGGGACAACAGGGGGAACGAGAUGAGCGGGAGCAGGGGCUCAGAGUGCCUGCUGCCCAGGAUGGGUGCUGAGCAGAUGCGGGAAGAUGCCCUCCCCGUGCUGCCUGCCCCUCCAGCCGGGGACCUCGCCCUUCUCCCCCUCCUCUCCCAGGUCGGCCCCCAGAGACUCCACGCAGAACUCAGCUUCCUCUCUUGGUUCCAUGACACUCAGCCGUCCCUUGAUGAGAGCUACAGGGUCACCUGGUACGUGUCCUGGAGCCCCUGUGAUGAAUGUGCAAAGGAGAUUGCAAAAUUCCUGGCCAAUCACCACAACGUGACCCUGACCAUCUACGCCGCCCGCAUCUACUACUAUUGGAAGCCCACAUAUAAGGAGGGGCUGCAAGCACUGGCUGAGGGCGGGGCCCAGAUUUCUAUCAUGUCCCUCCCAGAAUUUGAAGAGUGUUGGAAUCUCUUUGUGUGCAAGAAAACAUUCAGGCCUUGGAAGAACUUUCUUGAAUGUUAUUUGCUCCAGGACAAAACUCUGAAGGAGAUUCUCAGUCCUGCAGUUUCCUCCAGAACUACACAACCAGAGCUGCCAUAUCACUGAGCCGGCCCUGGCCCACCGCAGCACCUGAAAAAAAAUAGUUUCUGUCCUUCUGCGGACAGGUCAGUCUGAGCUGCUUCGUCUGUGCACCGCCAGGUGGGACCCAGGCUGGAGUCCUUUUCUGAUAUUCUCUUACCUUACAAUUAAAGCCGUUGCCUGUAGA